ACUGUUCCAACAAUAUACAUCUGUGUUAGAUGCCCCCGAUUGACUCAGUCAAGUCUAGAAACUGUGACUGAGAGGGUUAAAUGAGGAUUUAGUAGAGGUGUAGUAUAUUACUAGGGUAUGCUUCAGUACAUCUUCAUGCAUUUCAGUGUACUGUAAAUCCUAGUGUUACAAUUCAUAGAGCACAAAUGCUCUUUUUUCCCUCAUCCUUAUUAUGAGGUUUCCUCAGAGCUGGCUGAUAUGCAAUGCCUCAUUAGUUUCAAUCAUUUAUUUAGGUAUGGAGUACAUCAGCUUGAUGACAUUGUCUUGAUCUUGAGAGCAAAUGUGUGGCAGAUAGUUACAGCUGGUUUGGUUCUCUGCCAGGGUUGACGGUCUCAUGGAUGAUGACAGUGUUUUCUUCUUGCAAGAUACUGUCGACAUUCCAUUAAGCAGCUUAACUGAUGAUCAGGAAGAAGUUGCUGACCCACGCGAAUCCCAGCAGUUUUGUCUCCAAGUACAUGAACGAAAGAAAAGAUUUCUAUCUCAAUUGAAUGAAAUACCCCAUAAACUUUUGGUCUCAGAUAAAGAGGAGGAUAAUACACAUCCACUUCACAGCAAUGUUCACAACUUUGAGAUGAUUAACUAUCCCCGAGAUACACCCUUUUUCUCAUUACAUGGCCCUGGGUAUAAUGAAGUAGCGGGGUAUUUUGAUCCAAGAAGGACAAAAACAGAGGACAUCUUAGGGCAAACAAUCUAUCAGCAGCAAGUAUUUCUAGAUGUUCAAGAAGAAAUUCCUGCCACCAAUGAUGUUUCUUUUGAAAGCUUUUUCUCUGAUUUUGUUGUUGGACAGGGCAUUGAUUUGCCACCUUUAAAUUUAGAGAAUAUUUCGAAAGAAGAUGGAAAACCUUCUCAGACAUUUACUCAGACUCCAGUUUCACCUAAAGAGUCAAUACCAGCCUCAGAGACAACAUCUCCUCCUGUCAAAAAACCGAAAUUACUGGGCCAAGAUGAUCUUGAUGACUACAGAGAUCUUCUAAUUGAUGUUUUGGUAACUAGGAAUCCUAUAAGAAUGAGUAGCACUUUAAAGACAUCAAGUGUUUUGAAAAAAGCUCUGAACUCUGCAACUGCCAAAGAUGUUCCUCAAGGAGGUUGUUCUAAUGGCAACCAGUCUUUAAUGAAUAGUUUUGUUGACGAAAAAAGUGUUGUUCGUGAAAAAUCUCCUACAAGCACACCUAAAGUGCCUAUCACUGUUAAAAAUUCCUCUCUGCUAAGACUUGCCUCCGACCCUAAUCACAGCUUCAUAGAUGAAUUUGAUAGGUCCUUACAGCCUUCAUUAUCAUCUACACCAAAAUCCCGUUCAAAUAACAGUUUGUCUAAACGCAAGAAGACUGAUAAACCUAGGACAAAUUCCCCCAAGAUGAGCGUAAAUAAACCUCCCUGUGAGCAGCUCAAUAAGCGGCAGAAAGUUUAUAAAGCCUCAUCGGUUGAACGUUCUAGCAGUGAAAAUGAUUCUUCACAAUCUCCAAAUUUAAAAGGUACUACUUGUACACCUCCUCAGAGCAAAAUCGUAGAAGAAAUCCCAAAGACAUCUGUUGAUUCUCAGAAAAUUGUUCAAUUAUCAAAUGGGGACACAGUAGGAGAUCAGAAUAUGGCAGAAUUAAAAAUGAUUACUGAAGAUACAGAAAUCCCACAAAAAGAAAAAACGCAGCCUCAACCAGUAAAAGUAUCAGAACCAGAAGUUAAAGAUAAAGCAGAGAGAACUAAAACAUCUCCAGCUGUCCCUCCUGAGUCAUGUGAAGAGACCAGUGCUCCUGUUCAACCCAAAAUCAUUGUUGAAGAAAAUUCAGUAGUUGAAACUUGCAAAACAGCGUCGCUUGUAUAUGCAAAGGAUGUUGCUGCCUCUAGCUCUUGUAUUGCAUCAUCGGAGGGAAUGGAGUCGAGCUUAUCCAGGAAAGAGAAUUGUCCAGCCAAGAAAUCAGUCAGCGAUCAAGCAGAUGCAGCCACUGUUACAAAUAAGCAAUCCUCUUCGACUGUCUCCUCACCUAUCAUCUCUGAGAAUAAGGUCCCUGGAAACAUUCCUGGAAACAUUCCAGAAAACACCCAACAAAGUUUGUUCGGUGUUCUCCGAGACAUCCAAGUCCCGGACAAAUACCCCAAGAACAACACUAUAAAAGAAGUUGAUCCAAAAACGAGCAAGAAAUUAUACUCCAGGGAUGUGUGCAAUGCAAAGGAUGUCCUGUUUUACAACAUGUUGAAGGGAACGGCUCAAAAAAGGGAGAUUAUCAAAAUGAAAAGGAUAGUAAGUUGGAUGGUGGAAGUCACAGUUUGUUGGAUGCUGGUCUUAUGUCCAUCAGACAGAUUAAGGGAAUAGAUCAGCAGAGUCCUACUCCUACAUCUCACGAUUCUAAUUCGCCAUCAUCUGAUGACGUCAUCAUGUCAGGACAUCAAAAUCCCACAGAAAUCUCGGCUGAGAAACUUAAAAGAUUAGCUUUCAAAGACCGAGCAAUUGGCCAGCAACUGAUGAAGUAUUGUUGUUGUUGGGUCGAGGAAACUAAGCACUCAUCUUGUGUUGAUUUGUACGGGGAGUUUCUAGUUACCAUUAACAACAGGUUUCGUCAACAACUGGACAUGUCGAUUGUAAACGCGGCACUGUCUGUGUUAUCUCGAAACUCAGAUAGAGUAAAACCAGACAACUUCUUCCUAAAAACCGCUCUGUUUACAACUGAACUCCUCAAAGUACUGACGCACAACAAUCAGACAUUUUGAUGAAAUAUUUAAUUGAUUAAUUAAUUGAUUAAUUAAUUAAUUAAUUAGUGUCAAUUUUCACUUCAUGAGUUUGUCAGAUCUGUGUUACUGUUUCUUUUACUUGGAAUUUUGAGAGUUUUUAUUCUGUGAUUCUUCCUGUUAGGCACUAUUAUGAGUGCCGGUUUUUUUAAUUUCUAGGUCAGAUUUUUAACCCAAUCUUUGUUUUCACACUUUUCAAUUUCCAUGGGCUUUUAAAUAUUUUAGUUCCUUGAUCCUUAUCUUGCAAGGUAAUCAUUGAAGGUUAAUUACCACAGAACUUGUUGAUCGUAUUUUCAUAUCAUUUUGUUGCUGUUGAAUGUAUUUAUUCUAUAAUCGAGUAAUUUUAUAUUUCAC